AUGCCACGUAAGCUACGUAAGAAUAUACGUAAGAGGAAGGGAGCAUUGAAACAUCCAAUAGUAAAACUGACACCACAACAACAGUUGCAACAACAAAUGCUGAAUGACCCCACUAUGUUGCAACAAAUGUCAAGCAACCCUAUGCUCUUAAACCGAGUUCUUGGUGCACAGAGUGGAGGUUUAAGAGCGGCACUUUUAGCGAAAAUGGCAGGCUAUGGUGGAGCCGCAGACGGAACAGCCUAUAACCCUCAAAGUCAAAUGAAUUUGAGUUCACUCAAAAAUCAAAUAUCAGAUGUCAAAAAGUCAAACAUAGACAUACAGAAGCAAAUAAGUGAAAACGAAAAGAAACUAGAAUAUGA